UUGCUCCAGAGGCGUGCGACCUCUGACAUGUAUAGCAAUUGUUUCGUUGCUUUCUGCAAUUGGUGUUUCCCUCUGCUAUUCCCUGUUGUCCCCACCUUCCAUCCCCCUUCUCUUGCAGGUGUGGGAGAAAGGCAAAUAUGUAAAGGUAGAGAGACAGAAGGAGAGGCUGUCUUUGGAGGUAGAUGUGUUGGUGUUGGUAUUCAACUGUCUUUGUGUGGAGAGACUAACACAUGCAUUAUGUCGCUGUCUCUGCUGCUGCUGCUGCUGCUGCUGGUCUGCAGCACCCAGGCUUCUCAUUAUUAUGGAUCAGUAAUGAGUUACUACCCAAAAACCACUAAUGCAGAUGGAUCCAUAACGGUGGACCUUCACUAUAAUUUGAACAUCCACUGUGGCAGUGUCUUUACCGUGUUGACCUGCUCCAGCAAUAAUUGUGGGACUGCAGUGGUACACAGUGUCAGUAAGGAGAGCGACAUACUUACGUGGUGUCAGAAUGAGGGACUUGUGACUCUCCAGGUUCCUCCCAACGCUCCCUUUCAGCUGUUGUUAAGCGGUGGUGCCUGGAUAAAUUUCAUCAGAAAUAGCAUCGGAUCAGUGAAAGCUGUGACUCUGGUGGAGCCAAGGAACCGGUCAGACACCAGCCAGGCCAACAGAUCACCCCAGACCAACAUACUGGCACUAGUGAGAGUUCCUUCAAACUGUCCUAGAGACUUCAACCUGUUGAUGUUUGACCCUGACGGAGACCAAGUUAAAUGCAGAUACGCAAACUCAACACUAUCAGAGUGUGACCAAUGCACACCGCCAUCUGUUCUCAACCUCUCAACACCGUCAACCAGCACCCAUCAACAGCCUGCAAAGCGCCCCGAUUAUGAGGACAUUGAUGAGGAGUGGCUGCGGGAACAGAGGACGCAGUCUGCAGUCCUUGAGAAUAGCACAUUGCGUAUUGUACAGGAGAUGCAAGCGGUCUCCUCUCAAGCUCGAGCCAUUGCAGCUCACACCAGGCAACUCGUCAGCGCUGUGACUGCUCUGAGCAUGUCCAUAAAUGCUCUGGCUAGAGGUGUCGAAGAAGGGCUAGGCUGUGGUGAGGUCACUGAAUCCUAG